AUGGAUCAAUACCGUUGCAAACGUUGCGGAAAUAUAGUUGCACGAGGUGAGGAUCACCCUUGCUACUUUUACAAGAAAUUUGACUACAAGCAUUCAACACAAGUGCCAGUAGAAUCGGAAAAAAGCGAUGAUGAAGUAAAAGAAAAAUCUACGGAAUAUUCGAAUGACCGUUCCCGAUAUUUAAAUCGGGCUGCCGGACAAAUCGGAAGUAAAAAAUCGGAGCUCAUGAAUUUGUCACUGUUUCAAAAUAAUGAAAAAGACAAAUCGCUUUCUUCAACGGAAAACAGGCGUAAGACUUCUGCUGACAGUUCCAACAAUGCACAGAUAUGGAAUCCUCAUAAUGUUUUAUAUUUCAAUCCGAUUUCAGAUGUUCAGGGAAUUGAAGUUCAAUCUGAUAUAAAUGCUUCUUCAGGAAAAGUUAAAUCUGAUUACAGACCGGAAAACCACAAACACGAAUCUUAUGAAAAAGAGAUAUUUGUCACCGGAGAAAGUGGCGUUGACAUACAAAAGCAAAGAGUAUCAGCUUUAUCAGACCUGAUCCGUGCAACAACUGAAGAAAGUCAAAUGCGACUUGAAACUAGCAAAUGGCAAUCUUUAAAUAACGAUGAAUAUAAUUUCAUAUACUUUCUAGAAAGUGUUAUCAACAAAGCUAUUUCAGAUUGUAAAAAUAUUUCUGGAACAAUGAAUUUGAUUUCGAAUCCUGAUCUCCCAUCAGGAAGUAAUGAGCCGAAAAAUUGCAAAAUGCAAGUAUCAGAGGGUGAGACUAAUGGACAUAUUUCACCCGAAGUGCACUCUCAAGGUCACAGUAAGAAGAAGAAAAUGGCCGUCUAUGUGAAGGAACCUAAUUCUACCAAAAAAGAUGACAAUGCCGUGGCUGCGCCUUCAGGAAUGUGUCCUCGCGAGAAGAAAUAUUCUUGCAGUUUAUGUUUUAAGGAAUUCAAUAAUAGACAAAAUCUCACCAGACAUUAUCGAUCCCACACUGGCAAAACACCUUAUGUUUGUGAUAUAUGCGGAAAAAAAUUUGAUCAGAAAUCAGAUCGCGACAGACAUUACAGAAUCCACACUGGCGAAAAACCUUAUGUUUGUGAUAUAUGCGAAAAAAAAUUUAAUCAGAUAUCAAGUCGCAACACUCAUUAUCGGACCCACACCGGCGACAGACCUUUCGUAUGCGACGUUUGUAAUGAAGGUUUUACUCAUAAGAGUAAUCUUACUAGACAUAAAUAUAGGAAGCACACUGCAGAAAGGAAUGGCUUUUAA